AUGAAGGCUGGCGGCGGUGCCCUGGUUGCCUCUGCCUUCAUUGGCCUGUCGGAGGAAGAGAAUGCUGAUUCUAAAGAGACGGGCGAGAAACGGAUGCUCAGGGUCUCGCGGGAGGAGAUUCGAAAGACGGCGGGAGAGAAUGACGGGACUUUGGGUUAUGUUGGACGCCGGAUCAUUCUGUUCCUUGAUCUCUACAUCUGGGAGCCCAUUUGCACCGGUCUACGAUUCGUGCAGCUUGUCGCAAUAUUUGUGCCCGUCAUUCUGACGGUUCCCGCUAUCUGGCUUGGCCCCCGCCAGCCCGAUCGAGACAAUGAGCGGACCGGGACCUUGUGGUGGUACGGCUUUCUGGUGCAAGCCAUGGAGUGGGCAGGCCCGGCCUUCAUCAAGCUUGGCCAAUGGGCCGCCUCGAGAUCCGACAUCUUCCCCGUCGAGCUCUGUGAUAUCAUGUCGAAGCUUCACGCCCACGCCCCGGCUCACUCCAUGCACGCCACGAAACGGAUAGUUCAGGAGGCUUUUGGAGGCCGCGAUUUUGACGACAUCUUUGAGGAGUUUGAUGAGAAGCCGCUCGGUGUCGGGGCCAUCGCUCAGGUCUACAGGGCGAAACUUAAACCUGACCUCGCCGGUCAUGGCGACAUUGAUAUUUCCGAAGUUCCACAGAAUCUCCGGCACAGCGUCCGUAAGAACGUUGAAACGGUUUUGAAGAGCACUCCAAAGCGCUUCCCGUCGUCAUACGUUGCUGUCAAGGUUCAGCAUCCGCGCGUCGAACGUAUAGUGCGGCGUGACCUUCGCAUCAUGUAUUUCUUCGCCUCUGUUCUCAAUAUGAUACCCACGAUGGAAUGGCUGUCACUUCCUGACGAAGUGGAGCAAUUUGGUGAGAUGAUGAAGCUGCAGCUCGAUCUUCGCAUUGAAGCGGCCAAUCUCUCCAAAUUCCGCAAGAACUUCAAGGACAGAACCACCGCCUGGUUUCCCUAUCCAUAUACUGAAUUCACGACACGGAAGGUGCUCGUUGAGGAGUUCGCCCAUGGCAUCCCUCUGGCUGACUUUAUGGCAAACGGAGGUGGGGUGUUCCAGCACGACAUCGCGUCCGAGGGUCUCGACGCCUUUCUUCGCAUGCUCCUUAUUGACAACUUUGUCCACGCCGAUCUGCACCCGGGCAAUAUCAUGGUGCGCUUCUACGAGGCCGACCGGCCUCACCUAAGCCUGCGUCAUACGAACCCCAAAGACUCCGGCUCCCAGCGCCCAGCAGACGUAACCGAGAAGGUACUUUCACGCCUGCGUCCGUACCGCCACAACAAGGAGCUCUGGGAGGCCGAACUGGCCAAGAUUGACGCGGAAGGCUUCCGGCCGCAGCUCGUCUUCAUCGACACGGGCCUCGUGACCGAGCUCAACGGCACCAACAGGCGCAACUUUCUCGACCUCUUUCGCGCCGUCGCCGAGUUUGACGGCUACAAGGCCGGCCAUCUGAUGUGCGAGCGCUGCCGUUCGCCCGACGCCGUGCUGGACCAGGAGGUGUUUGCCCUGAAGAUGCAGCACCUGGUCCUGAACGUCAAGAGCCGCACGCUGGCGCUGGGCAACGUCAAGAUUGGCGACAUCCUGCACCAGGUCCUGGGCAUGGUGAGGCAGCAUCAUGUCCGGCUAGAGGGCGACUUUGUCAACGUUGUUAUCAGCAUUCUGCUGCUUGAAGGUAUUGGGCGGAGCAUGGAUCCUGAUCUUGAUCUGCUUAGCAGUUCACUUCCGAUUCUGAGGCAGCUUGGCGCACAGAGCGGGAAGGACAUGGUCAUGGAGGGCGACUUUUCCAUGUUGAUGGUUUGGGUGGGCCUGGAAACCAGGAGGUUCAUGCAGGCCAGUGUCGAAGAUGUUGAACGGUGCGUCAAGUACGAUCUCCUGUCGCCUAACGUUUAG